CAGCCGACUUCCUUACCAAGCGGCUAGCUGAAGAGCCACACUGGCGCUGUGCGAGAAUGGCGGGAAUGUCCUUGAACUAGAGACGGCGAAACAAGCCGACAGUCUGAGGGGGAGUGUGUUGGUGCAUAUUCGUUUGCACGUCAUCCUGUCGUCUGUUCGCAUCAUUUCGUUGCAUGUGUUUUGUGUGCUACGUUGUUUGUGUGGUUUGUUGGGUUUGCAUGUCUUUGCAUAUUCAUCUUGUGCUUGUGCAGAUGUGCUUGGAUUGUACAUCAGAUCGAGCGCAUUCCAACGAGCCAAGAAUUGUUGGAAUCGGAGCACAUAUGAAGAAAGCCCAUUAUCACGCAUUUGGGACCUAAAUUACGAUGGGAGAUAAGGAGGACUCUGGUGGAGGUGAUACUUCAGUCCAAGGAGGCAGCUCAACCCAAGAUUCUGGCAUUGCAGCACGAAGGGGAGCGCGUACAAGCCAGGGGUCACUGCUUAAGGAGGUGCUGAAGAACUUCACCAUUGAGAAGUUCUCUGGAGAUGGCUAUGAUGAUUGGGCAUGGAAGAUGCAGCUCUACUUUCGACAAAUUGGCCUCUUGAAGCUCAUGAUUGGAACGGAGCCCAGGCCAAAGGAAAUGGCAGAGCAAGCGGACUGGGAUGAACGUUCAUCUGCUGGGUAUUAUCUACUGUCACAAAGCUUGGAGCUGAACCAGAGGCAUCACAUCAUGCAUCUGCUACCGGAAACUGAUUGUGGGCCCAAGGCAUGGGCAGUGCUCAAGGACCUGCACGCUCCGACAUCGGUUGCCGCUUCUCUCAUGCUGGAUCGGGAGCUGUCCAUGCUGCGGUUGAGCGAGAAUGAACCUGUGCAGCCCGUUCUGGACAAGAUGAGGGAACUCUACGCGAAAUUGGCGAUUGCGGGCAUCACGUACCCUGAGCAGACUAAGUGUCUCAAGAUGCUCAGCCUGCUGCCCGAGUCUUGGCUGCAAUUUAUAAGCGGACUCAGCUUGCCACAAAACCAAAGUCAAUGGACAUUGGAGUGGAUUCGCACCAAGAUUCUGGAAGAAGAUUUUCGUCGCUACACACUGCGCGGAGGUGAUGACAGCACCAGCGGCUAUGCCAUGCAAGGGACAUGGAGGGAUCGAGGGCGUGGCAAUCGCGGUCGCUCUUACUACAGCCAAGGUGGUCGCGGGACUUGGAACCAGCGGGGGCGUGGUGGCGCUGGUGCAAGAGGAAGAGGUGGUCACUCCAACAAUGACAACAGUGAACCACGCUUGAGGGGAGAGUGCUGGUAUUGCAAGGAAGAAGGGCAUCCAUGGUUUCGCUGCUCUACCAAGCCCGACUGGUGGACCCCUUGGAACCAAUCACAAAAGGGGAAUGGAGGAAAGCAACCACGUGGAGGUGCCAACAUGGUAGCUGAUCCUGCUGAAGAAACCUCCAAGGAUGACAGAGGAAUGGGAAAUGAGGAGAGGAAUGCUGGACAGUUCUACCAUGUGUGUGACAAAGAUGACAGUGGCACGGCUGUUGCAAGGGCUGGAGAGGAAUUGCACCCGCUUGACAUGUGGGUCAUGGACUCUGGUGCUGCAUGGACAAUGACACCACUCAAGGAUUUGCUGGAUGCUGUGCGAGCGCCUCCAAUCUCUGAAGUGCGCUCAGCAUCCGGACAUGCAGUGAAGGUCGCUGGAGUUGGUCGAGCUGCAUUCAGAGCACCUGAUGGUGGACUGGUUGUGCUGAAGGAUGUGUUACUCGUACCGGGGCUGAAGGCCAAUCUGAUAUCGCUGCGCAAGCUAGGCCAGGCCGGAGUCAGCACCACCACCAAUGGAUCCAAAACAUUCAAGGGGCUGCAAGGAGAUCGUGUGUUAUGGGAUUUACACGAAAGCAGGGAUGUCUUCAGAUCCAUGUGGCAGAUCCCUGCGCUGAUAUGGGAAUCAACAAAGAAGGAGCUGGGAGUAGUAAAGGCGGGAUCUGGAGUCCAGGGGGAGUGCAAUGCAGUUAGUGCUGCAGGAGUGAUGGUUUCUGCAAGGUCGGGGGAGACUGAUUGGGAAACCGCACACAGGCGUCUAGGGCAUGUGGCUAUGCCAUUGCUGCAGCAACUGCAUAAGGAAGAAGCAGUAAAGGGGCUGAAGCUUUCUAGGCAACCAAAUGAUACCAAGUGCGAGACGUGUCUGCUGAGCAAGUUCACACGGUUCCCCUUUCACGGCGUAGCUGGGAAAAGCAAGGCAGCAUUGGAACUGGUGCACAUGGACCUGGUAGGACCUUUUCCAGUUCAAGGAAGAAAGGGGGAAAGAUACUUCCUAACAAUAGUUGAUGACUGGAGCCGGCUGAUGUGGGCAUACCCGUUGAAGCAGAAGGAUCAUGCUGCCUCAACAAUACGAGAUGACUGGCUGCCGUUCGUCGAGCGACAAUCUGGGCAACCAUGCAAGAGCAUCAGAACCGACCGAGGUGGAGAGUUUCUAGGAGGAGAUCUGACUGCGUGGCUCAAGAAACAAGGCAUUGAGCAUCAGCUAACAACGUCCUAUACCCCUCAGUCAAAUGGCGUUGCUGAGAGGGCUAAUAGGACCAUCCUGGAAACUGCGCGAGCGCUGCUGAUCGAAUCAGGGCUGGGGAACUCCAUGUGGCCUCAUGCGGUGAGGCAUGCUACAGUGGCAAGGAACCGCGUACUCACAAAGGUAGCUGAUGAUAUGUGGGUGCCGCUGGAGAGGUGGCUUGGAAAGAAGCCUCCAGUGGACAUGCUCAGAGUGUUCGGAUGCAUGGCAGUGGCGCAUGUCCCUAAACCGUACAGGACAAAGCUUGGAGCAUCUGCACUGUGGUGUGUGCACCUUGGGCUUGCGGCAGAGAGCAAGGGGUGGCUACUCUGGGAGCCCUCAAAGAAUGUGCUGUUUGACAGUCGGGAUGUCAAAUUUGUGGAGAACAUCAUGUAUGGCAAGUGGGAGAAGCAGCCGGAGGCAAGGGUCACCCAGCAGCUGGAAGAGAUCACUAUGCACUUCGAUUUGUCCGAACCUGAGGACAGCGAAGUCACUGCGCCAACGGCAAGCGGUACUGAUGAAGGAAGCAAUGAGGAUAUUGCAGCUGAUGCUGAAGUCAAGGAUCCGGAGCAGCAGCAGCAAGAGGCUUCCAAAACACCAAGUCUGCCAAAGCGAAGGAAACAGAUUGGUGGGGGGACAAAGGAUUGGGUGAAGGUGAAAGAAUGGGUAAAUCCAACCAUCUACCCUGCACGUACCAGAAUGGCAACAAGAAAGCUGCUGAGCUCUACAAGUGAAGGAGCCACAACUGAGCAGCAGGAACAGGCUCAAGGCGAAGAUACAGUGCUGUUCUUGGGUGAUGACCAAGAGUCAGAUGACGAAGAGCCUGCAUACUGCUUUUACGCACCAAUACAACCUCCGAGCAUGGAUCAUGCGCUAGCCGGGCCUCAACGGGGGAAAUGGCUCGUUUCAAGAGAUGCAGAGUACAACAGCCAGAUGGAGAACCACACAUGGGACCUGGUGUACUUGCCAAAUGGGAAGAAGGCAAUACAGUGCAAGUGGCUGGCAAAAAAUCAAGACGGAUGAGAAAGGAGAGCCAUCAGUUUACAAGAGCAGGCUGGUGGCAAAGGGGUUUCAGCAGAAAGCGAAGGAAGAUUACAAAGAAGUGUUUGCCCCAACUGCUAAGUCU